AUGACUUCAGACGGCACUUUCAUCUUUACCAGCCUAAGUCGGGCUCCAUCUACCAUACAUGUGGAGUCGGAGAAUAAGCGCGUCUUUACUCAACUUCCUGAUAUCAUUCAGGAGGCCGCCAUUGGUACAGCAUGUUAGUUCAGCGACUUCCACACAACAUGGAUACUGACAAAAUACUAGACCCCCAUCCAAACUUUUACAUCAAUCGAAUACCAGAAACUGCGAACAAGUUGAGAAGGCCAACUUUCCUCAUAGCUCCUAGAAAUGACUCUGGUGUAUCCCUACCGAACAUCAACGUCACAGAUGAGAAGUUCCUGGCCAAAUAUGGAUCAAAUCUCUCGGCAAACUUUGCGGAUAUCAGAACCAUGGGAGGGAGAGCAUUCUUGCAAAAGGAAAAUAUGUCGAACGGAUCUUGGUACUCACUAUGCACUUGUGCGACGGGAUAAAUUUGGGUUGCUGUUAGAUACCUUUUUAAAUCACCAUUACCCGAUGAACAAUAUUCAGACAUUGAGAUUCAAAUUGGGACAUUUGCUCUGAAAGCACGCGCAAUCACCACGAUCGAAGUCCCAUGCCAAUAUCUUGCUUCGUCUAGCCACGAUCCCCUAGAUGGCCAGCUCGCUUUUCUAUGCUCGAUGGUCAUUGGAAAAUAUCUGCGCUUGCGUAUAAUGGGGGAUCAAUACGAAAGUGCAACAGAGACAGCAAUCACGGAGGCACGAAAGGAGCUCUCUGCAUGGAAGAUUGUUGAUCCAGGUCGAUUUGGAAAUUUUGAAGCACUUCUGAAGGAAAUUUGUGCGAUUGCUCCAUUGCCUCCCACCUCGGUUGUAUCUCUCAUUUCAAGGAAUAUGAUCAUUGAGCGUUGGAAAGGUUGGAGUGAUAACUCGACUAUCAAGAAACGAUACGCUCUCCCGAGACAGAUAAUCUGGAGUCUGCAACCUUCAAAAUAUUACCACUUGGAUCUCCUAAGAAACAGCAUCAAUCCCUCAGCUAUCAACAAGUUUCCGACCAGAAAGCAAUCCGAACCUUGA